CUAAAUUAUGUGUUUCAGAUCAGACCAGAGAAUAGUUAAACCAGAUAUUGAUCACUUUAGCAGGUGGAGUCCUGCAUAUCCCAGGCCAGGCUUCAGAAAGCCAUUUAUACGUUAACUGUGCUGAGCAAGGAGGAAGUGUCAUGAUUGAAGAGCUAGAAUGAGAGAGUUGUGCCAGCUACCAAUGAGAUUAAGAAGAAUGGCUUGUGUCAAAUCUAGAUUAACACAAGAUGAAGUAAAGCAACUGCAACAUUUGUUGGGGAGCAGACAAUUCUCUCUUCUCUAUAAAGCAAGCGUCCAUGGCUACAAUGCUUCUAUAUUUCAUGCCAAGUGUGAUGCACAAGGGCCAACUGUAGCAAUAGCAUAUAAUGGAAGUGGUUAUAUUUUUGGAGGCUUUACACAUCAGAGCUAUGUUUCAUCUGGAGGGUAUAUAAAUGAUGAGAAGGCUUUUCUCUUUAGAUUAAAAGGCAAAAAGGGAGUGCUCAGUCCACUAAAAAUUCCUGUUAAAACUGCAUCAGGUGCUAUAUACGACUAUAGUGCCAAUGGCCCUAAUUUUGGCGGUGGAGCACUACAUUUGUUGAACCAAAAUGCAGCAGCAGCAGCAACAAGUUCUAACAACAACUACACAUACAAUGUUGCUGAUCUGCAUGGAAAUGAUCUAGGCCUUAUGGAAUGUGAGGUGUAUCGAGUUGAAGAUAUUAGCAGUUUCCUGGAGUCUCCAUGGAGAAAGAUUACCUGGACAAUUGAGGAAAGAAGUAAAAUAAUGGUGGAAAUCAGAUCUUACAUACCUUAUUUAAAUUCAGUGCCACAGAUUCAGAUUUUGGUUCUUGGUCCAGUUGGAGCUGGGAAGUCCAGUUUUUUCAACUCUGUGAAUUCUGUUUUCCGAGGUUAUGUGACAAGCCAAGCCAUAGCAGGAUCUGAUAAUACUAGUGUGACAACACAGUACAGGACUUACACAGUUAAAGCAGGAAGAGAUUGCAAGCCUCUGCCUAUUAUCUUCUGUGACACAAUGGGAAUAGAAGAAAGAUUAGGAGCAGGUCUGGAAAUUGAUGAAGUGUCCAACAUAAUAAAAGGCCAUGUUCCUGAUAGGUACCAGUUUAAUCCAGCUGCCACCCUUCGUUCAGAUUCUCCAGGCUAUGUCAAGACCCCUUCUCUGAAGGAUCAGAUUCAUUGUGUUGCAUUUGUUAUUGAUGGGUGCAAAAUUGAGAUUCUCCCUGAGAAACUGGAAGAGAAGCUGAAACAGCUUCGAAGAAAAUUGAACCAUUUUGGGAUCCCACAACUGGUUUUGCUAACUAAAGUGGAUGAAAUCUGCCCUGCUCUUGAAGAAGAUGUCCAGUAUGUGUACAAAAGCAAAGCUGUUCAGAAACAGAUGCGGAUAACUGCAGAGAAACUUGGAAUCCCUCUUGCUCAGAUUGUACCUGUUAAAAACUACUGCUCAGAGUUGGAGCUUUCAUGUGAUGUUGACAUCCUGUUACUUUCUGCAGUGAGGCAGCUUAUACGUUUAGCAGAAAGCUACCUUGAAAAUGGCCCUUUUGAGAAGCCAAAGAAAGAGCCCUAACCUGAUGUUUACUGUGACGCUGGAUAUUUUAUGUGCUGGCACCAGAAGUUAAAUUUAUUGCUGCCCUAAGCAGAUGCAACUCCAUUGACUUCAGUGAAGUUGCACUUGCUUAUGCCCAUGGCGAAUUUGGCUCAACGGUUCUAUAUCUUGUUACUGUAUACGUAAGAUUAAUGGUAUUUUUGCAUGCAUCAUGGGGAGAAUAGAUUCUCGAGCUUUCAAGGUGGGAUCCCUUUAUUAAACAUUCCACAUUCUUACUCUUCUCCAUUUAAAAAGAAAUUGAAACAGUAGGUUGUAAAACUUUUGUUAGAUAAAUUGGGAAAAAAAAUUACUGUAAUCACU